CCUUUUUCUGGAGUCUUCUCGGAGACUUUUGAAGGGAUGCGAGACUGAGGGCUCAGAGCCCCCGACCGGUUCACUCCACCUAUGGAGGUUCAUCAUCAGGCUACAAGCCUGUUCGCACUGGCAUUGUCUGCUUCUGCACUUAUUCGUUUAAUCCAGUUGAUGCUUUCUGCCUGGUUGGUGCUGUUCAGGAUGCCAAUACGCCAUGAACUUGAUAGGAGCAGGUACAUCAUCAAUUGCCCUUUGAUCAUUGUCCUCGCCAGCAAGCUUCCUCCUCUCCUUUUGACUUCACUUUGGGCCUACCAUGCGAUCGAAUCUGUACUGCCAUUAACCCAUAAUACAUCAUUGACCGGUUGAUCAUUGUCAUUGCGAGGAGGCUUAUUCCUGACGCACCUUCUUCCCUUGCGACAAAGUAGUUUGUGCAAGAGCUCGCCGGAGCAGAGCCAACGUAGAUCACGAUGGCGGAGGUGUUUGCGUCUCUAUCCAUCGGGACGGCAUGGGAGAAGCUCUCCUCCUUCCUCUGGGUCCUCACAGCGUCCUCCUUGGCGCCCUCACCAUCGUCAUCGGUAGCCAUGGACCUGGAGGAGCUGAGGAAGCUGGAGAGAACCAUGCGCCGGAUCUUGGCAACUUUGCACGACGCCGAGGAGCACUGGAAUAUCCAGGAGGAGUCCACCAAGCUGCGGCUAAGGGAGCUCAAGGAGUUGGCGUACACCAUCGAGGAAAUUGUCAACAAGCGUGAGUAUGAGGCCGACCAGCGUACGGUAGAGGCUCUCAAGGGAUCCACGGGUAUUCACUACACCAGCAAGCGCAAGCGCCAGGAGGAAAAUGGGACUUAUUCGGUGGAUACUGGUGUAGUAGAAGUUACAUAUGAGUUGGUCUCUCGAGUAACAAAAUUAACAGAGAGAUUUGAUGAGAUCAGGCUUUUCGCCAACCACUUCAGUUUAUCAGAGAACGAUGGAGGGAGAUGGUUCACUCAUGAUAUCAGUAGUUCGCGGCAUACCAGUUCUUUCGUAUUUGAGAAGAGGAUUCUUGGGAGAGACGAAGACAAAGACAUACUUGUUGAGAAAUUAUUGUCCGGAGAAGGAACAAAUGGUGGAAGUCAUGUUUCCGUCUUGGCGAUUGUUGGUACGGGAGGAUUAGGCAAGACAACGCUAGCAAGACUUGUGUAUAACGACCCGAGACUGCGCCAGUCAUUUGACGAGCAUGCUUGGGUUUAUGUGUCUGAGCUUUUCGAUGUCAGUACAACAACAAGGAACAUCAUUAGUUCAUUAACCAAAGGGACAUGCGAGUAUACAGAACUUGCUCAUCUUCAGGAGAAACUGGCUGAUGAAAUAAAGGAAAAGAGAGUUUUACUUGUGCUUGAUGAUGUAUGGAAUGAGCGAGGAGACUGCUGGGAGUUGUUGUGCACGCCUCUGUCAACUGCAAAGAUUUGUCAAAUCAUAUUAACCACUCGGAGUGAGGAGGUUGCGAGGCUGGCACAGACAAUGCCUUUCUAUCGCCCAAGUUUCCUAAGUUUUGAUGACAGUUGGUCAUUGUUCAAGCAAGUUGCAUUUCCUGCCGACCAAGAGUCUGACACUCCAGCAAAUCUGAUAGAGAUUGGGAAGAGUAUUGUUAAGAAGUGUAAGGGAUUGCCGGUAGCAGUUAAGACACUAGGAAGCAUGUUAUGCUAUGAAACUGAUGAAAAUAGAUGGGAGGAUGUCUUAGAAAAUGAGUCGUGGACUUGUAACAAUCAAGUUACGAAGUUUUACCAGAAUUAUAGUUGAAAUACAUGCACAUGCCCAUAUACUAAAGUGAUGCAGUUGUUUUCUUGCCUCAUCUCUGUUUGCAAA